AUGGCCGCGGGCAGCCCUUGCAAAAGCCCCAAGGCUGUGUGGCCCUCGGCCUACGGGUCUCCAGACCCCCAUCAGUCCCCCAAAUCACUGCCAGAGGCAGCUGCGGGAGGCAUGGCUGGGAGCCUGGCUCUCAUGGCUGGCUCUCGGGCUCUUGCUGGCCUGGGGAAUGCAGGCCUGGUGGGCCAGCCGCCUGUCAGCAGGCUCCAGCUCCAGGGGGAGAAACGGUGGGGUGGCGCAGCCAGCCCAGGGAAGCUCUUCAUGGGGGGGCUUAAUAUAGAAACAGAUGAGAAAGCCCUUGAAGGAGGAUGUGGCAAGUGUGGACGGAGAGUGGAACCGCUCUUGACCAAAGACCGUGAAACCAACCAAUCAAGAGGAUUUGCUUUUGUCACCUUUGAAAGUCCAGCAGGUCUCACGGCCGCAGGGGAAGAGGAGGAAGGGCUGCUGUAUCACGUGGGGGAGAGAGGAAUGGGGGCCCACCUCCAAGGGACCCCCUGCCCUGACCUAGAGUUUAUUUGUCCCCGAGGGAUGAUGGAUAUCGCACUAGAGACAGCUGAUCAGGCAGAGGUGACUUCAGUUCUCGUGACACAGGAGAUUCUGCAUCACCUCCAAAAGACUCUACCCACCCCGAGGAGGGUCACCCCGGUUCACGUGAUGACCGUCCAUCAUGAGGCUGCAGUGAUAGAGGUGGACGUGGCUGGGAUGGUCAUUCAGAUCAUCCAAGUGGAGGCUCCUCCAGAGAGUCACACAAGAGUCAUGGGAACUCACGUACAGCCCCCACUACAUGAGGCCCCGCCAUCUUACGGUGGAAGCACUCGCUAUGGUGACUGCAGCAGGUAA